AUGGCCGACAACGGCGAUCGUGGCAUGUGUCAUGCGUGCGGUGGAGUCUGGUUGCUGGAUUCCGGGGACCGCGGACAGCCUGAGGGCAGUCUGACGUGUCCGCACUGCGAUUCAGACUUCAUAGAAAUAAUUGAAAUCCCCCCCGAGAGUCCGCAGCCUGAAGGAGAAGGAGAAACCGAGCCUCAGUCACCCCCGGUCAAUCCCUGGGCAGACCACAAUCCAUGGGCGCAGCCAGAAUCCGACUCAGGAAUACCAGGAGUCUCAUUUCGAUCGUAUCGGUCCCCAGAUGGUCGCUUUACGUUUAGUACAACCACGAUCGGUGGUGGAAUGCCAUUUCAGCAGGGCCCUCAGCCAAAUCCAAUGUUUCCGAUGGUCAUGCAGAACCUCGACACUCUUUUCCAAGGUCUUGUCGGAAUGCAAAAUGGUCGCCAGCCACAGCAGAGUCUUGGGAUGACCAUGAAUUCACCUCACACCGAUGCAGCGGGGACCCGCGAGCCAGACGGCCAUGAGACACAUGACCCAAUACCCGGCCAAGAUGACAGGACUGGACAUCACGACGACGUACCACCGUUCAUUCACCAGGGUGCCACCCCGGUCACAAUACGCUUGCAGAGCAUUGCCGACCUGUUCAAUAUCAUUCAGGGAGAUGUCCCCAUGCAGCAGAAUGCGGCUGGACAGGCAACUGGCGACGCAUCUCGACUCAGCCCCUUUGCGAUGCUCUCGGCCUUGAUGAAUGUGCAGCGCCGUGGCGACGCGGUCUACUCACAAGAAGAAUUAGAUCGGGUCAUAUCGCAACUCAUCGACCAUGCUCAACAAGGCAAUGGUCCACCACCUGCCCCUGAAUCAGUGAUCAACUCACUACCCAGGAAGAAAGUGACCCCAGAGAUGAUAGGAACAGAUGGUAAGGCAGAGUGUUCCAUUUGCAUGGAGGCUGCCGAGGUCGAUACCGAGGUGACCGUCUUACCUUGUGAUCAUUGGUUCCACUUUGACUGCAUCAAGGUAUGGCUGAGUCAACACAACACUUGCCCGCACUGCCGACGAAGCAUCGGUUCGCCUGACGCCACAAACUCCGGUGAAGGUACCCACGAGGACCCGGUGAUCAUUCCAGACAGUCCGGAACAAACUUCGCAGCAAGAACCGCCUCCAACGUCUCCCCCACAGGCCCCGGGGACCACAGCCAGCACCCAUACGGCUGCAUCGACAUUAGCCCAGAGCUCUUCGGGCCCAGAGGCUGGCGAUUCUGCUGCCCGACCAGAAAGCCAAAACGAAAACAACACAGGGUCAGGAGGUAUCGCUAGCUGGGUGUGGAGCCGGUUCGGUGGUGGUAGUACCUGA